GCUUACGGGACAGUAGACACACACAGCGGUGCAAGGGACACACACACAAUCGGGACGGGAGCGUGCACGGGCGCGCGCAGAAGGAGGAGAGCACCACGGUGCUGAAGUCCCACGCACGGCACUGAGCUCGCCUCGUCUUCCACACGGGACUUACUAUGAGCUGUUCACGCCUUGGUGACCGUUAGCUGCUGCGCAUUCAGAGAGGAACGAGGACGAAAAGACUUUCAGUCAUGGACACCCUAACGUGGAUGGUGUUUUGCGCUGUGGUGGCAGUAGUGUGUGGCUCUACACUUGAAUUACCCGUGGACAAUGAUUGUGAAUCUGGUCAGAGAACCAACAGCGGUGAGUGCUGCAUAGAGUGUCCACCAGGGGAGGGGGUAAUCACCCCGUGUGGAGUUGCUCAAACUGAGUGUGCCCAGUGCCUUGACAGUGAGACUUACUCAGACACGUACAGUCACACGGACAUGUGUCUUCCCUGUACGGAGUGCACUGGGCUCAUGCGCAUGGAAACGCCGUGCACCGACUCCAACGAUGCCGUGUGCGUGUGUAAUUAUGGCUUCUACAUGAGCAAAUUGACAGGCAGCUGUGAGCCAUGCACACUAUGUCCACUCGGCCAUGGGGUCUACACAGGCUGUGAACCUACCAGGGACACGGUAUGUGAGCCGUGUGAGGAAGACACCUUCUCAGACCAGGAGAGCUCUCUGGAUCCCUGCUUGCCCUGCACCAUCUGCAACGAUGGCUCAGACGAGUUAGAAACCCGGAGGGAAUGCACAUCCAUAUCAGACGCAGUGUGUUACGAUCCACUGGCUCCCACCUCAGCAUUUUCCAGCUCUUCCCCUGAUUUGCCAGUGGAGGAUGUGGGAAGCCCUGGCCCAGAUGAGGAGAGCACCACGACUAAGCCAAGCUCUCCUCACUUCAUCGGUGGUGGGCUCAAUGAGAACCUCAUCCCCAUCUACUGCUCCACACUAGCAGCUGUGCUCAUCGGCCUGCUCGCAUACAUCGUCUUCAAAAGAUGGAACAGCUGCAAGCAGAACAAACAGGCGGCCAACAACCGAGCGGCCACGGCCAAUCAGACAUCUCCGUCUCCGGAAGGAGAGAAGCUCCACAGCGACAGUGGCAUCUCUGUGGACAGCCAGAGCCUUCAGGAACAGCAGCAGCUGCAGACACAGGCCGAGGCUCACACACAGACACAAACUCAGCUCCACACGCCUGAACAGAUCGUGGUGAGGAUGGAUGGAGGAGCUCAGGCAGAUUCUCAGCCAUCACAGGCAUGAAGGCAACAGCUGAAGGAGGUGACACCAUCAAGCAGAUGAUGAAGAAGAAGUGCCAGUGAGAGCAAAGGGGUGGGAAGAGCGAGGAGAAAAGUGGCAUGGUGGUUGUUCUGAUGGUCAUGACCUAACCGUGGCUAUCAGCUCCUAUUAAACCCAGUAUGGACAUUUACCUGAUGCACUGGGUCUGUGGGCUUGAAGAACUUCAGCAGAUCAGAUGUUUUUGCCACAUUCUUCACUUUUACAGAAACAUCCUCAUAUUAUCUAAAUGUUCCAUGGUCAAAACCCAGGCUGAAACCCAGUUCAGAACAUACCAGCAGCAGUCAUGUGUUAUGACACUUUGAUCUAAAUUGGGCUUCAUAUAGCACUGGAAUCUAAUACAUCUCAUUUAACAUCACCAACCAAAUCUAAAUGGCCUUAUAGCAUUUUCCAAUGUAUUAUAACUAAUGUAUACUCCAAAAUAUAUGUAUGUAAACCAUGCAUUUGUUCCCUUAACAAACUAAUCCAUAAGGUUUCCACUUGAACCAAAUGAAGAUCAUCAACCCAAGCACUUCAUGCUUUAAAGACACUCCAAGAGCUAAGAAGGGAGGUCUGUUUUUCAGACUGAUUGCACCUGUUGCCUCCUGCUCCUGAUGAUCUGGUCCCACCAAACUCUCAGAUGAAUUAGAGCUCUAGUUCUGGACCUAUAGGCCUUAUAUGGACUCCAGAAGAAUGCCUCAAUCGCACUAACCUCCUUUGCUUUGUUUUGUCUUUGUUCUUAAUAUUCUUUAUUCCAAACCUGCCUAAAAAUAGGAUUAAAAAGCAUGUCUUUGAGGUGUUGGUCAGAUUCCUUCCUUCAAAGUAGUCUACAGAAAUUUGAAAGGUUGCCCUUUAAGUCCAGGCCUGUUAGUGGUGCUGUUUUUACCCUUAAUGGUGGUUUGUGAAGUGAAGCCAAUUCUGUAUCAGCGAGUGUAGGCGACAUCUUGAAAAGGUGACAUUUACUGACCUUUACAGUUGUAAUGACUCACAUCUAUACUUAGCGCACUCUCUCUCUCUCUCUCUCUCUCUCUCUCUCUCUCUCUCUCUCUCUAUAAAGCAGAUAUGUUUUUUUGAUAUACCCACAUACAAUCUCUGUUUCCUCCACACAUACAUACUUUAAGUGCAUCGUAUUCCCUCCGCUAUUACCUCACUUCCACCCAGAUUUAUGUUACAGUGCUGAGUUGUAUGGUUCUUGUUUCACAGAAAGCAAACUAUAGCAGGUCAGUGGGAUGCAAUUCUGCAAUUCUCUACAGCAGAGGGAGUCGGCUUAAUACAUUACCCACUCCUUUCAUACACAUACAGAUCACCAGUGUAAUUCCCAGACUCAAUACUCAAUGAUUCAUCUUCAGACUUCUGUUCGCCAUUUACCUCUCUCGGUUUCACCCCAAGGCUGACUAACCCAGGUUUGAGAACCAUGGGUAAAUGAUUCAUGCUGUGGUUGGUGAGUGGGCCACAUGUGGUAAACUGGGGUCCAUUAGAUGCUCUAAUGUGGUUGUGCUCAAAGCCAGCUCAGCAUCUUUGGACUCUGAGUGGUUCUGCCUGGCUGUAAGUGCUGUAUCACUGUGCUGGUGGUAAUGCUGUUAAAACAGUAGGUCUAGCCAGCACCUUUAAAGAUUCUUCAGUUUGUCCUUUUUGGGACCCCGUACAUUUGCUAAUUUGAGGAGGUUUUUCAUGGAGAAAACCAUUAGGUUUUAUGUUGAACUGUGUAGUGUUUCCUAUCAAACUAACUGUCUAAUUGGUGGAUUAGUUAUAGGUAAAAACUACUAGCUAUUCACAGCAAAGAAAGUGCAAAUAAACUGGGGAAAACUUACAUACCUAAUAUCAAAUCACUUCACGUUGAUCUGGUGAUGCCCCAAGAAGGUACAAGAUAGAAAGGGUAGAAAAGCAAUCAAGAAUGUGCCGUGUGAAUGUGGGCAAACACUUACAUAGUAUCCAUACACCACAACACAGCAACCAAAACCAACCAAUUUCAUGUGCUUCUUUUUCCCAAGGAUUACAUCCUUCCUUCAUUAAUCUAAUGAGCGGUAGUGGCAUAGACAUACAUUGAGUAGAUACACACACUUGCAUACAUCUAGUUUUACUGUGUUUGCUGCAUGGCUUUGUAGUUUACUCCACAAUCCAGAAUGGGAGCUUGUAAUCUAGUGCAUCACUCUCAGGUCACUGGGCACAAACUGAGGAAUGGUGGUGGGAUUCAAACUGCAAUAAAUAACCACUAUAGUAUUGAUCAAACUUUGUUUAAGGAGCACAGUAUUGAGACUUUUUUCUAUUUUACUCAGGCUUAUCUAAUGUAAAUAGUGGACAAUAAAAUUACUGCAUACUGAAACAACUGUAUAUUUACUUAUUUCUGUAGCAUUGGCCUUGGAGCAGCUGAAAGAUGCCCUCAUGGUUGGAUGUUAGUUUGACAGAACCUGGUGUGUACCAUUGCCUUAUUGCUUUGUUCCUUUGUUUUCACUUCACUUGGCUAAUAAUACUAGCUUUGGCUUGGCUUGAUAAGCUAAAGUCAGUAUUCACCUCCUGUCUGGCAGAGCAAUAGAGAGUCUGUUCUUGCGCAUUAUUGUUCAGAGCCGUCCUCCUCACUCAGCUGGGUGCUUUCCAUUAAAUCAUUCUAUGGAGCGUAUUAUUGGCCUCUGCAGCUAGCUGCUGUGUUGGAGUGAAAUGCGUUUUAUGGCUCCAUUGCCUCACUUGUGGAGCUCUACUCCACCGUUUUGCAGAAAGCACUUACAGGUGAAAAGGGAAGACAAGUCGCUUUAUGUUUUUUUCCUCUUCAUUGCUUCCUCUGUGAACACAUACGGCAACAGAGGACAGCUGUCAUCUUUUGUGUGGCCAGAGAAAUGAAAACAAAGCUCUCAGUUUUGCAGACAAUGAUUUUCUGUCAGUUUGGUCUUCAGAGUACUGAUAUUUUCAUACCAUUAAAAAGGAAUACAAGUGAUUGAAUGGAUUAGAAAUUGUUCUUAGUAUUAUAGUAUAGUAAACAGAAGCUAACAUGGAUUAUCUUCUACGAACUGCUCUUACGGCACAAUGAAGCACUUCUAUAUUCAACAUCUUAAUGUACAUUCUUCACUCAAUAACCAGCUUUUGCUUCCAUUUAUCACCCAAGGAUGAGUAGAGAAUGUACAAAAGCCUAGUGAUUAAUAUUAAUAUGCAAAAUGUGUUGCGCUAGCUAACUUUGUCUUUUAUUGUGUUCAGUUCUAUUUUUAUCCAGUGCUCUUCUUUUAUAGAAAACAUGGUUUUGUUUUUCUUGAUAGAAUUAACUUUUCAGAGCAGAAUUUUAUAAAGACAGUUUACUUUUGUAGCACUUAAACUGAUUGAAUUAAUACACUCAAAGAGUAUCAAGCACCACAAAGUGCCUGUGGACUUCGUCAGGUGUCUUUGAGCUACAUUCAUAAAAUUCAAUUUUGCAUCGCUUUGCUCUAUUUUUUUCUUUAUGUCUGAUCUGUAUAAAAUGUAAGUUGUAUGUAUGCUUUCUACAUUUUAUUGGGUCUUUAGUCAAGAUAAAGAUGGUCAUGAAUGCUACAGGACAUUACAUCAUUAUCAAAAUAAACUACAUCUGGGUUCAAGUUUAACAGAAUAGGCUUGAACAUUCACAAGAUACACAUGCUAUAUAUGCUUAAGAUCGUGAAAUAAAAUGCAGAAACUAACAUCUAUUGUCAUGUACUGUCAUGAUGUGUUUUUAUUAUGCCAUUCUAUGCAUUUACAGGAUAAUAUAACAUCAACCUAACAAAAACAUAUUGACCAUAGGUACUGCAUACAUGUACGUUUGUUUUUGGCAAGCCUUUAAAACCCUACUUUAGAUGGACAUGGAGCCACUCAUAAGAGUUCAUAUGGUUAGAUAAUGUCAAGGGUGAUUCUCAAGCAGGAUUUCACUCUAUCAGUCCCUGCUUCCCUAAUGGGGAUGAAUGUUAGUUGUACUUAGCCCAUAUUCUCCAAUGCAUUGUGUAAAUGUGACAAAUUUCAUAUAGUUGUUAUGACAGUACACUUAUGUAAAUGACAAAUGAGACAAAUUAGUUAUGUAAUAGAAUAAAAACAAUUAUGAUUG